AUGGAUUUUCCUUUGGACCAUGAGUACGAUUUGUUAUCAGAUGAUGAUGAAGAAAUCCUGCAGUAUUUGGAAACGCCGUUUUUCUUCAAAAUUUCCCCGUGUCAUUGGGGCAAUAGAUUGCACCCAUUAAAAAUUUUAUCUCCAGGUGGUGAACAUGCAGAAAUUUAUAGGAAUAGAAAAGGAUACUUUUCCAUUAAUACCCAGUGCAUAUGUUCAGCCAAUCUACUUUUUUUAGAUGUAGUGGCCCGUUGGCAUGGUUCAGUACAUGAUGCCAAUAUUUGGGAUAACUGUGCACAAAAGAGAAACUUUGUACAGGGAGUUUACAAUGACAAAUUAUUGGUUGGGGAUAGUGGUUAUGCACAGACUAGAUAUAUGAUGACACCUUUACCUGAAAAUGCACCUAGUACUAGAGGUGAAAAACUAUAUCAAGAAUCACAGAUAAGAACUAGAAAUGUGAUAGAACGUGCAUUUGGUAUAUGGAAGAGAAGAUUUCCUAUUCUAUCAAAGGGCAUUAAUGUGAAAUUAAAAAGAGUGCCAGGAAUUAUCAUUGCUACUGCAGUUCUACAUAAUAUUGCAAUUCUCCAAAAGGAUUUGAUACCACCGCCUGAGGGUGGAGAAGAACCAUAUACCCUUGAGAUGCCAGUUAACAAUACUACUUUGCCUAGAAGUAUAACAGGCAAUAUUGAAAGAAAGUUAUUAAUAAAUAACUAUUUUGCCAGGUUAUAAUAAACAAUUAAUAAAAGACUAAAUAAAA